AUGCCUAACAAGAUUAGAGACGAUCUUCUGACUGUUGAUAAAAAUUCGUACCCUUACAUCUUUGAGAAGAAUGUAACUGUACCCAUCAAGAGCUUGAAUGCUUUAGUGCGUGCGAAUGUCUACCGACCCAAGAAUGUAGACAGGGCUCCUGUUAUUGUGACGUACGGACCUUACGGCAAGGACGUACCUUAUGAGAUCUUCUCUCCUCAUUCAUACCACGAUAUGAACCCAGAACAACGAUCCACGCAGGUAGCAUUUGAAACACCGGAUCCGCAAUACUGGACUAAUGAGGGCUAUGUUGUGGUUCGAGCUGAUGAAAUUGGCACUGGCCAAUCACCUGGUGUUCUAGACACAAUGUCCAAGUCUACUUCAGAAGCCUUUUACGGAGUCAUUGAAUGGUCGGCCGAGCAGCGUUGGAGUACUGGAAAGGUCGGGCUCUUGGGCAUUAGUUAUUUUGCCGGUUCCCAGUGGAGGGUAGCUGCACGGCGCCCGAAAGGUCUCGCUUGUAUCAUUCCAUAUGAGGGUAUGGCUGAUUACUAUCGCGACCGAUGUCGUCCCGGCGGUAUCCUGGCUCUCGAAUUUCUCAAAAACUGGUUCAAUCGUAACGUCAAAUCGAACCAGUACGGUCUCCCUGGAAAGGCUGACAGAGGAUGGGGGCCUGACACUAUCGAGGGUGAUCUAAGCGAGGAGGAGCUUGCUAAGAAUCGACGAGAUCAGGCCGAAGAGAAUGCUGUGAACCGCUAUCGCGAUAACGAGUAUUACGCUUCAAGAGAAUACAAUGGUGAAGAUAUUGAGGUACCACUUCUCUCAGUCGGGAAUUGGGGAAGCAUCUGCUGUCAUCUGAGAGGCAAUGUCGAGGGUUUUGUGAAAGCUUCCUCGCAGUACAAGUUCCUGCGCAUGAUCGUCGGCCGUCAUGACCUACCUUUCUAUUCUAAUGAGGAGGUUCAGGUGCAAAAGAGUUUUCUCAGUGCAUUCCUCAAGGGCGAUGACUACGAAGGCUGGACUACUGGUCAGAUCCCACCUGUCAAUCUUAUUCUUCGGGACAGUAGUAUUGGUUAUGAUAACCUCAAAGCCGGACAGCUUUACCCUCGCAGAUUCGAGCACGAGUGGCCGAUUGCUCGGACAGAGUUUACCAAGUACUACCUGACUGCAGACCAAAUGCUGACGACGGAACCGCCUUUACAAACUCCCAGCGCUCGGUUGUCAUAUCAAGCGUUGGGUACUGUUGAGAAGCCUGAGUUUAUUCUUUUCAAGAGCGGUCGCUUUGAUAAAGUCACCGAGAUCACGGGCCACAUUGUCGCCCACGUCAAUGUGUCAGCUACUGCACAACUUGGCGGGCCGAUUCCCAAGGAUAUUGACUUAUUCUUCACUCUUCGCCACUACAAAACCGACGGAGAGGAAGCUUAUUACACAGGUCUCAUGGGCGAUCCUGCUCCGCUGUGCAAGGGAUGGCAGAGGGUCAGUCUGCGCAAGGUCAACAUGGAACAUCCCCUUCACCGUGAAGACCGUCCUCACCGUGAUUACUUAUCCACGGAUGUCCUACCUGUUCUGCCUGGCGAAGUUUACGCAGUUGAUGCCGAGUUGUGGCCCACUAAUGUAAUUGUUCGACCGGGUGAGUGGCUCGCGCUGGAGAUUGGUAGUGGAGAUACUCAGGGAUGUGGCUUUUUCACCCAUUCUUCUGACGAGCGGGUACCUGAAGUGAUGGGUGGUGAUAACCAUAUUCACUUUAAUACUCGUUACACCAACUGGAUCAUCAGGGCCCGAUUCAGCCGAGGAGACGGCAAGCGUCACGCUGUACCUCGGAAGCCGGCGCGUGAUGUUCAGCGACCUGAGACUCAAGGACGACUUUCGAUCUCGAUCUCGUAUCUCGCCAAAGCACUUACCAGCAUGUCGUCCUCCGAACAGCUUAUCAAGUCCAUCGUCCCUCUCCACGUCGGGCAAUUCAUGUUUGUCCGAAUUGAGACGAAUUGCGGCAUUAUUGGAUUUGGAGAAUGCGGCAUCUGGGGGCAUAUUGCCGCCUCUGCCACGGUGGUGGAGCGAUUCGCUGAGUAUCUCGUGGGAAAGCCGGCCGCUCACAUCGAACAUCACUGGAAUGUCAUGCACCGUUUCAGCUACUUCCAGGGAUUGGCUAUCAACGCUGCCAUCUCGGGCAUCGACAUUGCGCUCUGGGACAUUAAGGGAAAAACGCUUGGCGUGCCUAUCUACGAGCUCCUUGGCGGACCCUGCAGAACCAGGGCUCGUGUCUACGGCCAUAUCUACGAGAAGACGAUCGACAAAGUUCUGGAGGAAUGCAAGCGUAAAAUGGAUCUUGGGUAUACCGCAUUCGGUCACAUCAACCCUUUCCUGGACGAGGGUAACGACCAAGUCUACUUCAAGACUCACAUCAAAAAGGUGGAAGACGCAAUCAGCAAUGUCCGCCGCAUGCGAGAAGUCGUCGGUGAUAAGGUUGAUCUGUUGAUUGAGCUCCAUCGACGUCUCACACCAGCCGAGGCCGUCACUUUCUGUAACGCUAUCGAGGAUGCACGGCCCAUGUUCGUCGAGGAUCCCAUCAGACCUGAGAAUGCGGACGCCAUGGCCCGUGUUGCAGAUCGCCUGUCUGUCCCAAUUGCCACGGGCGAACGCUUCUGCACCAUCUACGAAUUUCAGGCUCUCUUUGCUAGAAACGCUGUUGAAUACGCUCGCAUUGAUGUGGCGGUCUGUGGAGGAAUCACUGGCGCAAAGAAGGUUGCUGCUAUGGCUGAGGCCCAUCAUAUCCAGGUGGUCCCUCACAACCCACUCUCGCCGAUUGGACUUGCGGCGUGCUUACAGAUUGCUGCUGCGAUCCCCAACUUUGCUGUGCAGGAGUAUGCGACAGGUUUUGAAGCUGGUGUGUUCACAUCAACAGCAGAGCAUCUGGGUGCGGAUAUUGUUGAUUAUGUACCAAAGGUGGUUGAAGGGUUUGUAGACAUUCCCAAUGGCCCGGGAUUGGGUGUGAAUCUCCUUGACAAUGCUCAGACUUUGCGUCCAGCAUUGCAACAGCCCAUCUCAAUGAGACCUCAUAAAGAUGGGUUUGUAGUUGACCAGUAG